AUGUUUUCUCAGGAGAACUUUGUCAAGGACGAAUUUCUUCUUUGUUCCUUCUUUUUCUUUCUUUUUCAUCGUUUCUUUCUUUUCGUUGUUAAAACUAUUUCUUCUUUACUUUCUUUCUCAUUUGUUUAUCUACAUUUUUUCCUCUUUUACACUUUUUUUCCAAUCAGUUUUCUUACUGCCCGUCUUUACUUAACCUUUAUAUCAUUUUCUUGUCAUUUUCUCGUCUCCAUCUUUGUUUCUGAUUUUUUUCUUUCUUUCUGUCUUUGGCGCUGUUUCUUUCUUUCUUUCUUUCUUUCUUUCUUUCUUUCUUUCUUUCUUUCGUUCUUUCUUUCUUUCUUUCUUUUUGGUCGUUGUCAUCUUUAUGUUAGUGUUUAUUUUAUUUAUUUUCUCUUUCUUUACUUCCUAUUUCUUUCUUUUUUUCUUUCUUUUGGCCUUUGUCACCUUCCUUUUGACAUGUUUUUUAAUCAUUUUUCCCUUUCUUUUCGGGCCUAUUUCUUUCUUUCUUUUCAUAUUUUUCCUUUAUUCAUUUUUCCCAUUCUUUUUAGGUCCCCUUGUUUGUUUCUGUUUUUCUUUCUUUUUUUAUUUAUUUAUUUCCUUCUUUCUUUUUUCGUCUUUAUUUUAGCGUUUUUAUUUAUCUAUUUUCUCUUUCUUUAA